UCAAUGCUCAACAUUAAGGAGGCUAAGCUAAACUAGCCAAGGUUAGAAAGCUAGCAAGCUUUAGCUAACGUACGUCGUAUCACAAUAUUGACGUUUUUUAUUUAGAUAGAUAGCUUGCAACAGAAGCGUCUAACCUAUGUAGCUAGCUACCGUUAUCAGAUUGUUUAUCCAUUUCAUGGACAUUAUAUAUUAAAACAUUAUAUAUUGCUGGCUACCAAAGACUAGUCCGUUUAGCUUUUUCUUGUUGCGGAAAAGCAGAAUUUCUCGUCCAUUGCCCAAAUUUCUUUUCUGUGAUUUAAACAUGAUGAUAUUACAAAAAUGUAUUUCCGUUUCCCAUUCUUUCCUUUCUCUCUCUUUGAAAGUUCAGCGUAGAUUCUACAGUGAAUUAAUUGAAAGGAACAACACACACAAUAUGUCGGAGACCCUGAUCCUGGCAUUUCAGUCCCAGCUGUCUAUCGUCAUGGAGACGGUUAUGAAGACCGCCGUGUACGAAGUGAACAGGUUGGUCGAGGAAGGCUUUCUGGAGGAAGUGAGGCGCAGGAAGCAGGAAGUGGAGUUGCUGAAGCUGAGGUUGGAGUGGGCAGAGAGGAAGUUGAAGGGGGUGUCACAGAGGGCGAAAUGUGCAGACUGUGGCAAGACUGGGCUUCCCAAUGAGGAACCUGAAGACAUAACAGCAGCAGUUCCUCUCAGUGACCUGGAAGUGUGUGGUCUGAAACAGGAAGAGGAGGAGUCUGAAAGCAGGUGGGGAAGCUGUGAGCAGGAACCCGAGUCGCCAGAGGAAACAAUCAAAGCCUGGCAGACUGCCAGCCCUCUCGAGGAGUCACUGACGAGAGAGGAGGAACUGAAGGAGGAGGAUGACGUCGCCCGCAGUUCCUGCGCCGGUCACCAUAGAGACACCCCGGAGCCUCAGAACCCCCUCCAGGACCGUGAGGAGGAGUGGAGCCCCGCCGUCAAACAGGACCCACAGCCCUCUCCCUCACCCCCCCAGUCAGACGCACUCACGCUGGGCGCGGCGGCAGAGACCCUGGGGUUACCCUCCGCCGAGCUGCUCCAGGCAGCGGAACACACACGUUUCUCUCAGGCCCUCAGGUUUGCCGACUCGACCCAGAACGUGGGAAGGACCAGGCGGGGGUCCGGGGCGGCCUGCGAGUGGAGGAAUAGCGCUGGAGGGUCACCUCCAUGGACGGACCCCAGUGGACUGGCGGACCCGGGCUCUGGCGAUGAAAGAGAAGACGAGCUGCUGGUCAGAGAUCAGCUGUUUACCUCCGUGUCUCCCCGGCUGAGUUGCCCUGAACUGACGGCUCUUUCCAUCAAGCAGGAAGUGAUUGUGGAGGAGGAAGACGGGGAAGAAGACGGGAAGGGGGCGUUUUCACAGCUAAACCACGUUACCCAGAAGACACCUGGCGGAGGUGGAAUGAGACGCCUCGGGCCUCACUCCAAAUCGGCAGCCGGCCUUGCACUUCCACAUUCCACACAGCAGCCAAUCAGAACCCACCCUCGUUUUUCCUCACCCAAGAUCAACGCGGCAUCUACAAACCCCGCCCCCCAAAUGGCGACGCCACAGCACAGAAACCCCCAGGCAUCCCUGCCUCCCCAGAGACACCUGCAAGGCGACAAGCGACCUGGGGCUGUCAGCCUCACCAGAAACAACCAGUGGGUCAGCAUCAAGACCCAACACCCCCUCCACCAGCACCUCAUCCAGGGAGGGCCUCAACCCCACCACCCCCACCCCAGCAAGGUCCCCUUGCGCUGCGGCCAAUGCGGGAGGAACUUCCCCCACCCCAGCAACCUGCGGGCCCACCUCCAGACCCACAGCGGGGAGAGGCCCUUCUCCUGCUCCCUCUGCGGCCGGAGCUUCACCAAGCUGAGCAACCUGAAGGCCCAUCGUAGGGUCCACACCGGGGAGAGACCCUACUGCUGCCAGGCCUGCGGCAAGCGCUUCACCCAGAAGUGCAACCUCAAACGCCACCAGAGGAUCCACCUGGAACACGGUCUGUGAUCAGGCGAGGUGGAUGCUGGAUCCUCUGGUCUGGUGUACUAUAGGAGGACACACACGCACGCGCACACUCGGUGCACACGUCGAGUUAGGACAAUAACUGGCUGUUUUUCAAUACAGCGCUGUAGCUAGGAAAAUACUGUGUGUAUGGAACAGGUGUAUUGCCAUGUUAGUAGACAUACAGUAUGUGUAUGCAGUUUGGUAGCGUGGAAUUUUACAGCUCUCCUAGAAAAAUUAGUUAUAUGCUGACCUAUGCUGAAUAUAUGAAGGUUUGGUCAAGACGAUAGAUAAUUCAAAAUUGUAUUUUGUGGCAAAAAAAUGACUCAUGGACAACAGCAUGAGGUCAGCUUUGGCUAGUUAAAGUCUUUUAUUGUCAGGUACACAGACCAACACAGGAUCAGACUGGGCACUGAAAUUCUUAAUCUAUCUGAAUGCAUUCAGUGUACUGACUUCUUUGUCUCAACUUUGAUAUAUUUAACUUGGUCAAUGAGCAUAAUAGCAUUCCAGACUUCACGUCUAGUGAACGGAGGAGUCUUAGGUGUGUGUUGAUGUUUCCGAGUCGAAACCUGUGUUUUAUUUCCUUUAGUGAUGCGCUCAUAGAGAAUAGCUGAUGUGUGCGUGUGUGAAACUUGUGUGCUCUGAAAACACUGUAUUAUUACUGAGACUUUUUAAAUACCAUAACUGAUGUGAUCUUAUUUUAUAUAUGGAAAUAUGAAUAAAGAAUGAGCAUAUUCAAUCUAU